CCCGACCACAAAAACCACCCCCCCCAUAAUCGCCUAAUCCACUCUCCAAACCUCCCCCAAAACCCUCAAUUCGCCCCAAAACCUCCUCUUUCACCAUGAACACCCUCGUCCAGCUGCGCAGCUUCAACAGCCCGCCCACCACCGCCAAAGUCAGCGUGCCCGCCAAAAUCGCCUCCGCCGUCUCCCGCCCCUUCACCUCCCUCCUCGCCUCCUCGCCAAUCGAUAACCAGUACCCGUCCAUGACGGCGACGCAGAACACACACGAGUCUCUGGAGCAGCGGCGCACGAUGCAUCACGAAGCCGACGUUGUCAUCGUCGGGGCGGGCGUCUUCGGGUGCGCCGCGGCGGUCACAUUGGCUCGCCAGGGCCGCAGUGUCAUCCUGCUUGAACGGUCGAUGAAGGAGCCCAACCGGAUCGUGGGGGAGCUGCUGCAGCCGGGGGGUGUGUCGGCGUUACACAAGCUGGGGCUGUCGGAGUGUCUGGAAGGCAUUGAUGCGGUGGUUGUUAAUGGGUAUAACGUCAUUUACUACGGCAAGGAGGUGCAUAUCCCGUACCCGUACGAUACGCGGGUGGAGAAGUCGAGGGCGAUGAAGGAGUCGAGGCCGGUGGGGUGGUGUUUUCACCAUGGCAGGUUCAUUAAUAAGCUCCGCGAGGCGUGUAAGAGGGAGCCGAACAUCACGAUCUUCGAGACGACGGUGAAGGGGACGGUGAGCACGGAUAACAACGAGCAAGUCCUGGGUGUCAAGACGGAGACUACAGACCCUAUAGACGGAUCUAAGAAACCCGAUUACUUCUUCGGCGGCCUCACCAUCGCAGCAGACGGCUACGCAUCCACCCUCCGAAAACAAUACAUCUCCAAGACCCCCGUCGCGAAAUCCAAAUUCUACGCCCUCGAACUCAUCGACUGCCCCAUCCCAGUCCCGAACCACGGCCACAUCAUCCUCUCCGACAACGCCCCCGUCCUCGUUUACCAGAUCGGCACCCACGAGACCCGCGCCUUAAUCGACGUCCCCGAGAACCUGGAGUCCGCAAAAUCAGCCCUGGGAGGGGUAAAAGCACAUAUCCGCAAUGUCGUGGUGCCGACACUGCCGGAGGCUAUAAAGCCGACGUUCAUAAAGGCGCUGGAGGAGGGGGGCUUGAGGAGCAUGCCGAAUUCGUGGUUGCCGCCGACGCAGCAGCAGACGCCGGGGAUUGUGGUGCUGGGGGAUGCGAUGAAUAUGCGUCACCCGCUGACGGGAGGCGGGAUGUCAGUGGCGCUCACAGAUGUGGUGAUUUUGUCAGAGCUGCUGCACCCGACUCGCAUCGCGGACCUCUCGUCUGUCCCCGCCAUGAGCCUCGCAAUGCGCACUUUCCACUGGAGGAGGAAACAACUCACAUCCAUCGUCAAUAUCCUCGCGCAAGCCCUCUACGCCCUCUUCGCCGCCAACAACGCCGAGCUGAAAGCCCUGCAGAGGGGUUGCUUCGAGUACUUCCUCUACGGGGGCGUGUGCGUUGAGGAGCCGGCGGGGAUGCUGGCGUGUAUUCUUCCCAGGCCGUUUUUGCUGUUCUACCACUUCUUCUCGGUGGCGCUGCUGGCGAUGUGGUUGAUUAUGUGUGAUUGUGUGGGGAACGUUCUGGGGGUUUGGAAGGCGCCGCUGGGGGUGUACAAGAGUGGUGCGGUGUUGGUGAAGGCGGUGGAGGUGAUUUUCCCGUAUAUUUUUUCGGAGUUGAAGUGGUGAGGUGAGCUCGCAUAGACGGACUUACGAGGGAGCGUUGGGGUGAGAAAAAGAUAAAAUUGAUGGGCGGUUAAUGAUGAUGGGUUGUACUACUUACAUAUGCUUCGAUUGGAGUGGUGGCGGGUUUGUUGAAGACAUAAGACAUAAACUACGGCGUUUGGGGUGUGUGGGGGGACAGGCAUCCAGCAUAGCCUUCAGCUGAGCCGUGGAGGCUGGUAAUAUUAAUCAUGAAUCUAUGGACUCACUCAAUUCAAUCCAUUUUACAAACAGACAGACAGACAGACAGCUGAACCAAAACCCCUGCGAUGUUUGAAGCAUGUGAUAUAUGUGACCUGUAUGCCUGCUUUCUUUCUUUCUCUAUAUAACUUAUAACUUUAUAUAUACACGCGCAACAAAAAGGGU